AUACGUAUAAGUUAUCAAUAAUCGAAUACCCGGAAGUAAAAUAAAAUUUGUAAAUAAAGUCAGCGGGAAAUUGGAAUGAGAAAAGGAAAUAAACUAGAGAUGGAGAAGGAUACCCCAAGGACACUAAUACAAGGACUGAUUAAUGCUUCGCAGACUAAUGAGACAAAACGUCCAGUCAGAAAACGGCAGGUCUCAAAAACGCCUGAAGUAGACAACAGACUUAGUCGUUCACUUCCAUCUGCAGAAAUAGGUCUGGGCAAGCGAGAGGAGGACAUUCCCAGAACCAACAAUAGAAAGUAUCACUUCAAUGAGAUGGAGAAGGAUUUAGAUACCCCACGGACACUUAUACAGGGACUGAUUAAUGCUGCGCAGACCAAUGAAACGGAACGUCCAGUCAGAAAACGGCGCAUCUCUAGAACACCAGAAGUGGAUACCAGACUUAGUCGAUCACUUCCACCAGCAGAUAUAAGUCUAGGCCAGGGAAGUGAAGACAUCCCAAUCAAUGUCACAGACGAUAGCACUCCUAAGAAAAGGAAAUUUGCCGGAAGGAGACGAGAGUCAUUGGUUGAUUCUGUGCGUCGGAAAAGAUUUCAUUUUCAGAACUCAGAACCAUCAAUGACGCUGCCAAACAGUCCAAAUAAAAUUGCGAUGGAUAACAGUUCAGGAGAGCCUAGGAGAAAAUCCCCAAGAUUAGCCAGUCAAAUGGAGAUUCAGUCCUCAACUACAGAGUUAUCUUCAUUCACCUCUAAUGCUUCACAGCCAAGAAAUCUUAAGAGAAAAAGAGAAAAACCAAAGUUCAUUUUUUCAGUGGAGAAGGAUUCAUCAAAAACUUCCCAACAGGGAGAAGAGGCUUACAGCCUUAGGUCAUCUCCAGUGAAACAGACACCUAAAAGGACUUCACCACGAAAACAGUCUAACUCACUUCACCGCCUUAUAUCAUCACAAGUGGAACAAACAGCACCAAGAACUCCACCUCAAAAACAGCCAAAAUCAACUAGUGACAUUAUGCCAUCUCCAGUGAAACAGAUAACUCCAAAGACUUCCCCCAGAAAACAGCUGAAAUCAGUUGAUAGUCCUAGGUCAUUCCCAGUGAAACCAACAACACCAAGGUCUUCACCAAGGACACAACCAAAAUCAGUCCAAAAGCAGCAACACUUUUCUUUUACUAAAUCUGCUUCUGUGCUUUCUACACCCCAAAGGACCACACCUGUGAGCUCCAAUGUAACAACUCCUUCAAGGAUUCUGACAAGUACACCUCGAAGGGUCCAGCCAAUUGCUUUCAAUGAUGAAAAUUUUAGUAUAGCUAUGGAAAACAUCUCUCCAAAAAGAAAGAGUCUUAGACCUGACAACGAUGAAAUUGCAUCAUUUUCCAAUAGGUCAUCUUUAUCAAUCCUAAGAAGUAGUGCAAGAAUGUCUGAUAAUGAUAAUGAUGAAAACUUGAUAAAUUCACCACGGAAAAACAACACAAGUUUUAGUAGGAAAACACCAGAGGAAACUACUGAAUCCCUGUCAAGAAGAAUAUUGAAUGAAGACCCAGAAGAAAGCUUCAUUGGAACUCCUAACACACAUGUUAAUCAAGACGAGACUCCAAGAACUCCAAACAGACACUUGAGGUCAGUUGAUUUUAACAGGGUCAAACAAUCUACACAGAAGACUCCAACACAAACGGAAAUGAAAAGUCCAUCUAGGAUAAAUGUGACACCAAUAUCACAAAGAAAUGCAAGAAGAUUAGCAGCUUCUCAAACACAAAAUAUUGUGGAUCGAACAAUGCCAAGUGGGAGCAAGACAGGAGACAAUGAAGGUCCCAUGCAUGGGAUGCCUGGAAGGGAUACAGUCAUGACCCCUGCAUUUGAGCGAACAGCCCUGGGGCCAAGGCAUUCCAGCCCUGUAUCUAGAACUCAGCACAUCACACUGACUGGUGAUGAAAAUUUGCCAGAUGUGUCCAUGAUUGAAAGACAAGAAAAAACUUUUUAUCAAGAUGAUUUGGACAGAACUGAACAGUACAGACUGAAAACACCCCAUCUAGGGCCACCAAGACUCCACGUCCCCACCCCCUCAGAUACACCUGUCCCUCAGCCCCUGGUCACUCAGCCGGUGAAAGACAAACAAACAAACAGAUCAAAAGCCACAAAGAAACCAAGAGUAAAAGUACAGUCUCUUACUUUACCUGCGGUGACCAUCAGACAGACAUUCAAUCAUUUCUGCAAGAUGAGAGUGGAUAAGGACACUUUACCUGAACUUGUUAAAAUAACUGAUGAAUAUUUUGAUCGAGUUGCCCAGGAUUUGGAGGCCUUUGCCCACCAUGCCGGAAGGAAGACUAUUGAUGAGAGAGAUGCUGAACUACUCCUUAAGAGGCAAAAAAUCAUAACUAACACAACGUCACUAACACACCUAGUUGAGAAGCACCUUCCUAUGGAACUCCGACAGGAAAUCAUACCCAUGGCAAGAUCCGGGAACAAGAUAUUCCCCGGGAAUUGAUUAUUGAUGAACUGUACCUGAUCACAUUAUACACUUGAUAUCUACUUGUAAUUUUUUAUUCCAUAAAAUCAAUAAUGUUUUACUUGAAACAUACAAGUCAUUCUUUUUGUUAAAGAAUGAGAUCAGAAGGCCUUUAAACACAUGUACAUGUAGUUUGUUACUCACCUAUUAUUUUUUUAAAGGAUCUUUGACAAAUUAUUUAAAGAGGCAUUAAACUUUACUUGGAAUAUGGUCUGU